AUGGCACGUGAACAUCGGAGUGUAAACUGGGAAUUACAAGAGUUAAGGUCAGCUAUCUGUAAAGAAAUUUCUUUCAUGGAAGCAGGUAUUCCUACUACUGAUAUUAACAACCGUGAAACUGAUGUUCAUAUUCCCACAGCGUCAUCCUAUACUGGAACCAGACAAAGUACAAAUGAACGUAAAAAUGAAUGUAAGAAAGAAGUCAAAUUUCGGAAAACUUUCAAGAAAGUUUGUACUUUUUGUAAUGAUGAACAUUCCCCAAACGAGUGCAGAAAGGUUACAUCAUAUAAAUCGCGUAUAGACAUUGUUAAAAAAGAACAUUUGUAUUUUAUCUGUUUACGGAAACAUCAAGUAUCGGCAUGUCGUUCCACAAAUAGAUGUCGUCACUGUCAGCGCAAAUAUCAUUCGAGAACCUGUGACAAAUCUGCAAAGCCAUCAAACUCAAAGCUGAAUCCCAAUGCCGCAAGUUUCACCAUACCAGCUACUUCCAGUGUUUCAAAUCAACACGAAGCUGCAAUUCCACACUCUAUCACUCAGCUAGGACAUAACGUUUUUCUGAAGACAGCCGUUGCUUUUGAUGAGGUAUCUCAGCGUUCUUUUAUCACUGAAGAAAUAGCGGAGAAACUACAAAUUGAACCGACCGGAAGUGAAGUCGUUCACUUAGCAUCGUUUGGUGAUACAAGCCAAAGACCACCAGUUGCCACACAAGAACCGUCCACCCAUUUAUUGAACAUUAUAACGACAUCCCCAGAUUCCUCUGAUAUUGAGAGAUUUUGGAAGCGCGAGUCCCUGGAUAUAUCUCAAGAAGAAGAGAACCCUGAAUCUACAUACCUGGAAAACUACCGGCAUGAUUCAAUCACCUACAAUAACGGACGUAACACAGCCAAACUGCCUUGGAAAUAA